UGAAACAAGAAACAUUUCUCCUAUUUCUUCACUUGUAAAGCAUGGCAAUGGAAACAGUGAUAGAUCUGUAUAAUAAUAGUAGCAACAUCACAGAAGAACUCAUGAAGGCACUUGAGCCUUUUAUGAGUGGUGAUUCUGAUUCAUCUAUCGCUUCUUUAACCUCUUUUUCUCUUUCUUCUCCUCCUUCUUUGACGACAUGGAACAACACCCAAGGUAGUUCCAUAAGAUUGAACCAACUCACACCAUCUCAAAUUCAUCAGAUUCAAGCUGAAAUUACGUUGAAGAACCAAAAUAAUAACGUGUUUCUUAGCCCAAAACCUGUUCCAAUGAAGCAUCCUGCAAAACCCGCAAAGCUUUACCGUGGGGUGAGACAAAGGCAUUGGGGAAAGUGGGUGGCUGAGAUAAGACUCCCAAAGAAUCGUACCCGUCUUUGGUUGGGUACUUUUGAUAGCGCUGAAGAUGCAGCUUUGGCAUAUGACAACGCAGCGUAUAAGCUAAGGGGUGAACAUGCAAGGCUUAAUUUUCCUCAUCUACGUCACCAUGGAGCUCUUCCCUCAUCCGUGGAUGCAAAGCUUCAAGCUAUUGUUAACUCUCAGGUGAAAGCAGAAAAGCCUUGUUCUGCUAACGUUGUUGUUAAGGCAGAAACAUCAGAGUUGGAGAACCAAACAUCAGAUGAAUAUUCUGCGAGUUCCUCUUCUCCUGAGUCUGAUAUUAAUUUUAUGGAUUUCUCGGGUUCUUGUGAAAUAGAUAAUCUUGGAUUGGACUUGGAAAAGUACCCUUCGGUGGAGAUUGAUUGGGCAGCUAUAUGAGUCAUCUUUUGUUAAAUGACUAUGUUUUAGGUUUCGUAUGUAUGUAUCUAUUCUCAUGUUGUAAUUUAGGUUUGGUUUUGGUGUCUGGGUGGCAGUAACUGCAAUGAAAUUUUUGACAGUUGCAGUUAACUUGCUGAGUCAUAGUGGUGGUUAUGGCUUUCUUGGUCUGCUGGUGGUUUUUAUUCCUUGCAUGACCAUAUGGGAGCUUCAACAUGUGUCUUGCCAACUUGUUUGUUUCUGUUUCAUAUGUAAUUAAAGUUCCUUAAUAGUUAAUUCAAGUUUUUUG